AUGGUUCAAUUGGAAAAUCUCCUAGACACACAACCAGAGUUAGCACAAAAUAGUGAGGCGGAGUUGCAUGGGAAGGUGAUGCAUUACAUCGGUGUUGGGAGAAGAAAAAAAUUUGGACAAGUGCACGGCAUGGGAUUGCUUCCGGUUCCUAAACAAGUUUAUGGUCGAAAAACACACCAUUUUAAGGACAUUAAUAUAGUUUCACUAGAUGGCUCAUCAUCUGAUGUAGAGGUUCACAUGUUGGAGGAAAUAAGGCAACUCAAAGAGCAUUCUAGAAUGCAAGACAAAGUUAUCAAAGAACUAAAAAACAAUCGGAGGCACAAUGAGAACCAAGAAGCAACAAUGAAUAAAGAAACAUGUGAGUUUGAAUUUAGUGAUGAUGACAAUGUACUUUUAUCCGGAGAAAAGGUGUAUAAAUACAAUUGCCUUUCUCUUCCGUUCGGUUUGAUUCUUGUCAAAGGAGUUCCAUACACAAGUAGAAUAAUACCAAAGAAACAAAAGGGACAUCACGGAGGGCUUGUAGAUACUAGAACCAUUGCACACCAGGAGGUGGCUCAUGACAAGGCUACAAGCUACAGGCGCCAAACACCUAAACGACUUUCUCUAAUGAAGGUUGGGUCCACAGUGCUACUAAUGACUUCGAAAUAUCCUAAUAAGGCUAAUGUGGCAUAUGCAACUCUCUUGAGCACUAAUCCAGAAGCCCUUGUUGGUGGAGUUAAGAUAGGAAGUCAAUUCUACAAAGUUCAAAUGAUUAAUGGUUGA